AUCGCGUUUGGUCUCGGUCUCGGGUAAGAAGUGUUUUUUUUUUGUGGUGAAGAAAGAAGUAGAAAUCAGUAUGAUUUGAGUGCAGCACGGAAGUGAAGGCCAAGUAUCUACAUAUAGACCCAGUAAAGGGGUCAGUGGGUCAUGCAGUAGACUGAUAUAGAGUAGAUUUAUGAUGCAGCAAAUGACUUUAUGAAUACUAAAAAGCUGCAGUAUUUUGAAUUUUUCGCGAUUCAAAAUAAAUAAAAGAAUAUCAACGAUUAUAACCGUUAAAAACAAAACAAACAAAAAAAAAAACAGAAAAACAAAAAGAAAACAUGAAAUUCAAAUCUGCGCGUCUCCUUUGCCUCACCUUCGUCCUGUGCGUUAUGUUGGAGUGCGCCUGGGCCGAGAAUUCUGCAGGUGCUCACGUGGGCAAGCGGAAAUCGCGCACAAAAAAAUUAAAAAAGCAACGUAAACAAGCAUUUAUUGAGCGGCCACAGGCGGAGGAACCACAACCGGGUGCCGAUUUGCCAGUCGAUGAUGAAUUUGAAACGUAUGAUUAUAAUAAUUACGAUGAUGUAGACGCCGAUGGAAACGCCAACGGAGCCGACGUUUUUGUCACCCACCAAGAAGUACACAAUCCAGCGCCUGUCAACGUAGUGGGCGCUUUCUCAUGUAUGUACGAAGGCAAUCUUUAUCGGGAUGGCGAAGAGUUUAGCAGUGAGCGAAAUGGCUGCACACAUCCUUGUGCUUGCGUUGGGGGUAAAGUGAUUUGUCGUGAGCCCAUUAACUGUACACCUGCACCGACUACAAGUACAACUACGACUACGACGACAACAACAACGGAGCGUAAUGUCGCGCCGUCUGUUGAAGAUAAUCCUUACGCUGGCGUUUCGACUGGCCCGCGCGGCUUACCUGGAUAUCCCGGCGCUCAGGGUCGUCCUGGUGAGAGUGGUUACCCCGGCUCCCCGGGUAACCCCGGCGUGCCUGGCAAUCCUGGUGCCCCUGGUCCAAUACCUGAUUUAAGUUAUUAUCAUCAACAAUUGGCUGCGGAAUAUGCGAAUUCGGAUAAAGGUCCGAGUUCACCGCCAUUCGUGCCGGAGUUUCAAUAUUUGCAGUCGUCUGUGGGACCGGUUGGCCCCCGCGGUCCUCCAGGUAAUUCGGGUCCAUCAGGUCCUCAAGGUUUUCAGGGUAUGCGCGGUGAGCCUGGAGAACCGGGCUUACAAGGUCCACCCGGUUUGAUGGGGCCAAGAGGCUUACCGGGACCACCGGGUAAAGAUGGUUUACCCGGCGAGGAUGGCGAACCCGGUUUGCAAGGUGCGGCUGGUACACCAGGUCCACGUGGUUUACCUGGCAUGCCAGGUAUUCCGGGUUUGAAAGGACAUCAUGGCUUGCCUGGUAUUGAUGGUUCUAAGGGUGACCAAGGCGCUCCUGGAGAGAAAGGUGGCACAGGUCCAAUGGGCGCUGUUGGCCCAUCAGGAGCACAGGGUCCUGCUGGUCCACGUGGCGAACGCGGUCGUGAGGGGCCACCUGGUCCUCAAGGUGCUAGAGGUUUAGAUGGUAAUCCGGGCACUGCAGGUCAACCAGGUUCAGUUGGUAAGCCCGGUCCACCCGGCUUCCCAGGCAGCCCUGGUGCAAAAGGAGAUUGGGGACAUCCUGGUCCGAAGGGUGAUCAAGGUUUGCAAGGACCGCGUGGAGAAGCUGGACGUCCUGGUGUCGCUGGUGAGCCUGGUAUGUCUGGACCACCUGGUAAGGAUGGACAACACGGUGACAAAGGUUCGAUGGGCGCGCCUGGUAUAGCAGGGCCACAAGGUUUUCCCGGACCACGAGGACCCGAUGGAUUACCUGGCAGUACAGGCGAACCCGGUAUUAAAGGAACGCCGGGACAGCCAGGAGAAAGAGGAUUUAAAGGGGAUCAGGGCAUUAAAGGCGAAUCUGGACAACCUGGCCCUCGUGGGCUACCGGGCACAGUAGGACCAGAAGGAAAACGUGGAAAACGUGGUAUGCGUGGACCAACAGGCCCAUCUGGUCCGACAGGAGAAAGAGGACCACAAGGAUUAAAUGGUCUACCAGGACCAGAUGGCCCUGUGGGACCAAAGGGUACUCCAGGAGAUCGCGGUAUUCAAGGCCCACCUGGCAUUAAAGGAAGUACUGGCGAUAUAGGAGCACCUGGUAUACCAGGUCUUCAGGGGUUACGUGGUUUGCCUGGACGUAUUGGGCCUCCUGGAAAAACUGGACCUGUUGGAGAAAGAGGAAUUCCUGGUGCUGAUGGUAAAAAUGGCGAACAAGGGCCACAAGGAUUACAAGGGUUGCCUGGACCAAUGGGCAUUCCCGGGGAUAAAGGAUUUAUUGGAGAACCGGGUAAAAAUGGCGAGCCUGGUCCACCUGGCCCUCAAGGACCUCAUGGCGAUAGUGGAAAAGAUGGCUUACCUGGUGCGCAAGGACCUCGUGGUCCUCCUGGUCAAGAUGGUGAAAGAGGUGAGCCUGGAACAGCUGGUCCAAGGGGUUUCCAAGGCCUUCCAGGCGUUGCUGGCAAUCCAGGUGCUCCAGGAAAAGACGGAUCCGCAGGUCCACCUGGACCCCAGGGCUUAAUGGGACCUGCUGGAUUGCGCGGCGAGCGUGGUUAUCCUGGGGAAAGAGGUCCUGUGGGACAACCUGGAUCUCCAGGAGAGCGUGGCGAACAUGGCGCCCCAGGUCAUGAUGGACCACCGGGAUCCCCUGGAAAACCAGGAUCUAAAGGACAUAUGGGACCGCCUGGAAUGUUGGGAUUACCUGGUCCGAGGGGACUAAGUGGACCGCCGGGUGGAAAAGGAGAACGUGGUAGUCCGGGCCCGUUUGGACCGGAAGGACCACCUGGUCGUCCUGGAGACCGUGGUCCGCAAGGUAUUGUAGGACCGCCUGGAGCUCCCGGCGAAUCAGGAGAACGAGGUGAGCCAGGAAACUCUGGUCCUCCUGGAGAACAAGGUGCUGCCGGUGGACCUGGUGAAAGAGGACCAGCUGGUUUGCAAGGUCCUCCAGGAUUUCCUGGAGCACCCGGUUUAGCAGGUUUACCAGGUGCAAAGGGAGACCGUGGUUUGAUGGGUAUAAAAGGUGAACAAGGCAGUGCAGGCCCUCAUGGCCCACCUGGAGAGCAAGGUCCAAUAGGACCAGUAGGGUUGAGUGGUUUAAAAGGUGCACGGGGCGAGCCCGGUUUCAGAGGAGAGCCUGGCUUAAAUGGCUUGCCGGGCAGACCCGGCGAUCAAGGCCCGCCGGGGCAACCGGGAAGUCAAGGAUUGCCAGGUACAGCUGGAUUUCCUGGGCCCAAAGGAAAUCCUGGCGAAACAGGGCGACCAGGCAAUCCAGGUACUCCGGGCUUACAAGGUGCACCAGGUUUGGAAGGACAAAAGGGAGAAACUGGAAAUGAUGGUCCGCCAGGCCCAACGGGAAAUCCAGGGCCACCGGGAAAUGUUGGCGAACGUGGAAUGCCAGGUCUUCCUGGCUCACAAGGACCAGCUGGUUUGAGAGGCUUAAGAGGGGUGGCAGGUGAAGCAGGUCCUCAAGGACAACCUGGAAAAGAUGGUUUACCAGGCCCUCAAGGCUUAGAAGGACCGCCGGGCUUACCAGGACCGAUGGGCGAAUCAGGACCCGAGGGGCCAGCUGGUAAACCUGGUCCACCAGGUAUUGCCGGUCGUACUGGUGAUAAAGGACCACAAGGACAGCAGGGUAAUCCAGGACCGCCAGGAAAUCCAGGCUUGCCGGGUCCACCAGGCGUUAUGGGACCAAUAGGCUUGCAAGGAGAUCGUGGACCAAAGGGAGACCUAGGAUUGCCUGGUGUGGAAGGACCGCAAGGUUUACGCGGAAAGCCCGGUCCCACCGGUGUAGAAGGACCAAAGGGUGAAAGCGGAGAGCCCGGUCCGAAAGGUAUCAAAGGCCAUCGUGGUCUGACCGGCUUGCAAGGACUGCCAGGCCAACCAGGUCUCAAGGGUGAAGCAGGUCCGCCAGGUGUACCAGGUCAACCGGGAAAAAUGGGAGAAUUGGGAAUGCGCGGGCCACAAGGACGUGAUGGCAGUCCUGGCCCCAUUGGACCACCUGGUCAACCAGGACCCCGAGGUUACAGUGGAAGUGAAGGAAAACCAGGUCCUAUUGGACCUGCGGGUCCAGUAGGUCCACCUGGACCACCAGGCGAAUCAGUUGGCUAUGAUGUGGCAGCACUUACGGCACUACUCAAUCAAGGACAAACGAAAGGGGUAGACUUCCAAAGUGAUCAACCUGAACUACUGCCAGAAGGACUUUCCGAUGAAGAGAAGCAAGCAAUGGUAAUUAAGGCAUUCGAACAUUUAAAAGCAUCUUUCGAACGGCUACGACGACCAAACGGCCAACAAUCAGCACCAGCCAAGACAUGUCGGGACCUAUUUGCUGCCUAUCCUGAAUACAAAUCCGGUGAGUACUGGAUUGAUCCCAAUGAAGCAGAUCCACGUGAUGCUAUCUUGGUCUAUUGCGAACGUGAAACACGCGGAUCCUGCAUACUGCCGAGACCACAAGAAACGCCAUUGUUAAGCUACAACGGUAAUGAGAAGGAGAUCUGGUUAAGUGAGAUGCCGGGUGGCAUGAAAAUUACCUACAAAACGGACUCACACCAAUUAGGUUUUCUGCAGUUACUAUCGGCCAAGGCAACGCAAAAGAUAACCUUCAAUUGCCGCAACACCAUUGGUUUUCUGGAUGAGGACGAAGAGAAAGAUCGCAACGGCUUGAAAUUACUUUCAUGGAAUGAUGCCGAGCUGACACCAAAGGGGCCGCUGCGUCUGCGCUAUGAGGCUGAAAUUGACGAGUGCAGGCAUCGCUCAAACUCUUGGGCCAAGACGGUCAUCUCCUACAAAACUGAGAAGCCACAGAGGCUGCCAAUUGUUGAUAUUAAAAUCAGAGAUGUUGGCGAGGCUAAUCAACAGUUCCGCAUUGAAUUGGGACCAGUGUGUUUUUAUAAUUAAAUAGAUGAUAAAACUAUAUCUUUCUCUCUCGCUCUCUCGCUCUCUUAGACCUUAGAUUAUAUAUCUAUAUAAACUUAAUACUUACAUAUAUUUUUUAACGGUUUUGCUGGGACUUAAGCAACGGACUCUCAAAGCACUUUUACUUAAUUUAAUUGAUUUGUUUAAAACCAGUGUGAAUGCUUGUAGAUUUCUAUAUACAAAUGUACAUAUAUAUAACUCUAUGCUGUUGGUAUAUUUUUAAGAACAUA